GUUUGAAAAAACUGCCUUCGCGUUUGUCGCUGGCUAAUUCGCGAGACGUGGUGCCGGUAAUAUUUAAUAGAAGCGUAAGGCUCGUUAUCUCUUCGUGUUCUGUUCGUGACAGAAUAUCGUACUGAACUGGACCUCGGGUUAUAACGGAGAUCGCGCUCGUGCGGAUCGGAGAACGCUGCGGAAAAACUAGAAAAAUAACACCGCAGGCCGGCUAGUCCACCUCCUAGCUUGUCAUAGGCAACAAGGGGAAUUUAGCGGGCAACCCAGUUAGCGGCUAGUUAUGUCUUUUCGCCGACAGAACCAACCUGGACCCGGCGGCCGCAAAACAUCCAAUGGAACUACAGGGUCAAUGGCUUCAUCAGUUCCGGGGAGCAACUCUAACAGACCCACCGCGGGAAGAAACAGAAACUCUGUGAAGACUCCCUCACAGUCACCACCUGUGUUUGAGGGUGUGUACAACAACUCACGGAUGCUCCAUUUUCUCACAGCCGUGGUGGGCUCCAGAUGUGACGUUAUGGUGAAGAACGGCAGUAUAUAUGAGGGAAUCUUCAAGACGUUAAGCUCACGUUGUGAGCUGGCAGUGGACGCAGUGCACAAAGUGAAAAAUGAAGAAGGAGAUGGAGGCGGUGGUGGAGGCACACCAGUCCAUCCCAGGAGAGAAGAGAUCACGGACACCAUGAUCUUUGGCCCUAAUGACCUGGUCACUAUGAUCUGCAGAGAUGUGGACCUCAACUACGCUACCAGAGACACUUUUACAGACUCUGCAAUUGGUUCAAGAAUAAAUGGUGACCACCGAGAGAAGGUCCUUCAAAGAUGGGAUGGUGGCGAUAGCAACGGAGAAAAUUUUGACCUAGAUGCAGAUACAUCUAAUGGCUGGGAUGCCAGCGAGAUGUUCCGCUUCAAUGAGGAGACCUAUGGGGUGAAGUCCACCUAUGACUCCAGUCUCUCCAUGUACACGGUUCCUCUGGAGCGGGGCAGCUCUGAGGGCUUCAGACAGCGAGAAGCUCGGGCCGCUCGAUUGGCCAGUGAGAUUGAGGGCAGUCUGCAGUAUCGCUACCGGGUGGCGCUGGAGAAUGAAGAGGGACGAACCGAGGAAGACAAAUACAGUGCUGUGCUUCGGGACAGAGACCGUGAUGGAGGAGAAAGAGGAAGAGAUAGCCCUGGGUUCUCCAGUGCUGGGAGCAGGGAGGGCAAGUACAUUCCUCUACCGCAGAGGGCAAGGGAGAGAGAAAUGGGAGUUUCUGGAAGGGGCGAAAGAGGAGGAGCUGUAUCCACCCUGCCUAAUCGAGCAAAUAGACCCGGCCCCUCAAGCUCCUCACCUAGACCCCUACCCUCUGGUAGUGGUCAGACCCUUCCUCCCACUGAUAGGAGCAGCCCUCUGUCCGUCAGAGGAGGAUACUCUGCACACCAAUCACAGAGCAGCCCGCCUACACAGCCCCGCCCCUCAGAACCGGGUCACUCCAGCCCUCCUUCCCCACACGCACUCCCACAUUCGCUCUCACACCCACAGUCUCUCUCAGACUCGGCCAGGCCUGUCAAUGGAGUGUCAUCCAGAAUGUCACCUAAGUCUCAAAGGCCUGGACAGACCAACAGAAACCUGCGUACCUCAAACUCUCACUCCUCCCCUACAGUCUCUCGUUCCCCUAAACCAGAUGUUCCUUCCCAGGACCCUCCUCUGGCUAAUCCUACCUAUUUGGAUACCUCUUCAGUUACUAUGGUGACCUCCAAACCCACUGGCCCCACCCCUCUGUUCCCUGUAGAUGUGAAUGAAAUCCUGUCAAAGGAAAGGAUGGAGAGUCCAGCUAGUCCUCAGGAGGGCAAGAGCAGCAAAGUCCCUUCAGUCCAGCCGAGAUCAAACCUCGAGGAGCUUCGCAAGUUUGGUAAUGCUUUUAGGCUUCCAUCUAGCUCCACCCUUUCCAGCUCCAAAACUUCGACCACUGACUCUGCUCAAGCAAACCCCGCCCACAAUACACAAACAGACCCUGCCCCUCUAACAGAAGCUAAAACAGCCCCGCCCUCAACUCAGACCACAGAGCUUCCAGCAGAGGAGAGAAGUAGAGAGACAAAUGCUGAGGGGGUGGCGACCACCACCCCUCCACCAUCCACGCCCAUCUCUGCACCCUCUGCCCUGUCUGGCCCUGCCAUGCAAAAUCCAACUGCGGAAGGGCAAACAUCAGGGACGCCCCAACCUGCAAGGACCCCAGGCAGUGAGGAGGGCAAACCCGAGGCUUCUGAGAGACCAGAGGGCAUGGCUGAUCAAGUGAAGAAAUCUACACUCAACCCCAACGCCAAAGAGUUUAACCCCACCAAGGCUCCUCUCAGCAUGGUGAAGCCCUCAGCCACUCCCACCCCGCCACGGCCAACUCCGCCCAGCCCCACGGUGGUGUUGCAGGCCCCGCCAGGCCAGGGGGCCAUUUACAACACUCAGUACCUGAGCUAUGUCUCACCCAUACAGAUACAGGGCCAUUCUGUACAGGCACCUCAAAUGUACCCAUAUCCCAUGACAACUGUCAGUCAAGGGAAGUACCAAAGAACCAAAGGUUCUGUGGUGACUCCUCGUCCAGACCACAGCUCUUCAGCGCCACCUAUGAUCCAGGCUGCGGCAUCAGCUGCAGGACCUCCUCUGGUGGCGUCUCCUUACCCUCCCUCGUAUCUGCAGUACAACCAGGUCAUACAAGCAAUGUCCCACUACCCUGGACAGAUGUAUUCUAUGCUCCAGGGUGGACCACGAAUGCUUGGAUCGGGAGGGCACCCACAGACUCUGGGUCCCCCAGGCCCCCAAUACCCUGGUCAAACUGAAGGACCACCAGGCCCUCAGCAGGGGAUGUAUGCUCCACAGUCAUUCUCUCAUCACUCUGGUUCCAUCCAUCAUCCUCAACCCUCCAGCACCCCCACAGGCAGCCAGCCACCCCCUCAACACCCCGCCCCCAGUCCAGGACAGUCUGGUCAGUCUGGUCCUCAGCCUCAGUCUUUGUAUCACGCUGGUCCGCUGUCAGCCCCCACGCCCCCUAACCUGCCCCCAGGACACAGCUCGCCACAGGCCUCCUACUCCCUUCAGGGCUACAGCCUACCAGGACACCAGCCCCUGCCUCACCCCUACUCCUCUCUAGGACAGCUGACACAGACCCAUGCUCUCUCGGGUCCUCACCACUCAGGAGGUCACGGUCCUCCACCUGUGAUGUUGCUUCAUGCCCCACCACCCCCUCAGCAGGGUUCUGGCCCCCAGCAUGGGCAUCCUCCACCCCAGCAGGGACCCCACCAGCACUACACCUACAUUGGACCACCUCAGGUGUCAGUGCAGGCUCAUCCUUCCCAGCAGAUUCCAUUCCACCCUCCUGGAAACUGACAGAGCGGCUGAGACUGAAACUGUGCGGAUCACCACAGAGUGACAGAGCGCCCCCAUCUGGAUCUCCUGUGAUCGCAUAUUCGUUUGUACAUAAAAUCCAACUGAACAGAUUUUGUUUUAGAUACCUCUGGCAAGACUGAAUGUGCUUGUUUUAUUGUUUUUUUUUUUUUUUUUCCUUUUUUUAAAAAUUUGAGUGGACGGGGGCACAUAGUGUCUAAUGCAGAAAGAGGGAACGAGUGAGCGUGUAAGACAGAUCAAAAAUGGAAAGAAUGAGGGACAUUUUUAUAAAAAAUACAAUGACCUCUCUCUUUGUCCUCAACCCCCUUAUUAAAUAAGCAAAUAAUAAAUGGU